AUGAAAGUAUCAACAAUUGUCUGUUCCUGGAUCUUCGCCUGCGGAGCUGCAGUCAGAAUGCCAAUGCCACCUCGGACAGCGGCGCCAAGCUUGGAAGAUGGAAUCGAAGCGAUCAGAUCUAUUCUAGAGCUGAAGCACCUCGCCAAAGAGGACAAGUUCCUCAAGCUGCUGGCCCAGCUGCAGACGAAAUCGGCAGGAGUCGAUGAGGACUCGGGCCGUCCUUAUUCCCCCUCCCCGCGUCUACUCGCCAACGCCUGUAGAUGCAGCCAACUCGCCCUGGGCAACCAGCCCAAGUACUGUCACUUCCGCUGCAUACCCAAUUAA